UACUUUAAUGUCACAGCUGACUUGGACUUCACGGAUGAAGCAUAAGACUUGACUGAAAAAUAACGUACCGUAAAUUACGGACUAUAAGCUGCUACUUUUUUUCUCACAGUCUGAAUCCUGCAGCUUAUACAUAGAUGCGACUAAGGCGUUUUAUUGAGCUUAAAGCUUGAAUGCGCUGUGUUCGCCCGUGUGUCUGCAGCUCUGCCCACAGAUGGAUAUCCUGGAGGUCUAGAGACGAGAGGCAGCAGCUGCGACUGGCUGUGAUGGCUAAGCUUCGGACACGGGCAAAAACAUUUUGAGUGCUUUAAUCUCAACAAAAGAUAUGAGGAGUUCAUGAUUCAAGUACACAUCAUUGCUGAGUUUGUUUCAUCAGUCGGUCUCCAUGCUUUACUUUGUUUUCCAAACUAGAAGUGAUCCCCAUGUUAUUUUAAGCCGGGUGCACCACUGACUUUUUGAAGAUGCAGACAGCAACACUGCACCUGCGGCUUAUAGACCACUGUGGCUUAUGUAUGUACAAGAUCCAUUUUCCUUCUUACUUAUCUUGACUUAAAACUUACAUCAUCCAUUCUGUACUGAGCUGCAUGAAGCACUUCUGGUCAGUCACUAUCGCACUGUGGUUCUUCUAAAGCUGUGGAUGUUGGUAGAGCUAGUCUGUAUGGAUGGAUUUGCUCUCUCUGGAGCCUGAUGCCAGUCCGACAUCUGAUCACGAAGGCCAGUACUGUAGCUUAGUCUCUCUGCACAGCGAUCAGGGACUUGCCGUUGUUGUAGUCACAGUUGAUGAUCAAUCUGUUAUUUGACCUGUUUGUUGGUCAGGUUUUUGGUGAGUGUCAUAACAUUCCAAGGUCAUUCCAUCAAAGGGAAUCUGACCCUACAUUCCAGCACAGAAAGCAAUUCCGGUGGUAGUUCUAGUGAACGGGACCCAACAUUGAUUUCUGAGCUAAGCUCAAUUUUUUGUUGUAUUUGAUGGGGCAUUUACCAAAUGUUGCUAUUGACAGCAAUUUCUGUGUCUUUAAUCAGCUUCGGGGAGAUGCAACCUGCUGUCUGUCCUGAUCAUGGUUAUAAUUUUUUUUUGGAUUUCUCAUUAGUUUUCAUGUUUAUUUUGUUUUAAAUUUUUGUCUUUCAAAUUCAGUGAGUUUUAAUUAGUUUUUAGAGUGGUUUGGCUACUUUUAAUGAGCUCCAGUUUUUGAAAAAUGCCUAGUUUCAGUUUAUUUUUUGUUUCAGUUUUUUUCCAUUCAACAUGGGUUGUUGAAAUGAUUGAAGAAGCGUACGUAUGAUAUAUGUAUUUUAAAGGGUCCUUUUCCUUCCUAGCCUCAAAGUGUGGAACUCUAAAAAUCCAACUCAACUUAACAGCAUUUUAUAUUAGCACUAGUUUACCUCCACAUGACACUGACAAUGUUAUAGACAAUGUUACUGGUGUCAAUAACAUUGUCAGUGUCAAUGUUUUGUUUCAGUUUUUUUUCCAUUCAACAUGGGUUGUUGAAAUGAUUGAAGAAGCGUAUGUAUGAUGUGAAGAAUAUGGGGAGCUACAAAUCAGAUAAAUCUGAGUAUAUACUAAAUUUACUACAAAAUAUGAAAAAGUAACCAUAAAUUAGAUAUAAUUCAAAAAAAAAGUAAUUCAUGGUGUACUUUUUCAGAAGAAUUAUUAUAGCAUUUACACAUUCAUUUGAAAAGUUUAAAAAACCCUUUUUUCAGAAUGACCUUUUUUUUCCCUAAAGAAAGAAAAGCCAUGUGAGAAGUCUGUACACACAGCAAACCCCCCACCUCAAGGGUCACGUGCUUAUGUAUAGAUAUAUGGCUGCUUGUUGCACUUUGCCCAGAUGUGACAUAGAGCUGACUGAGAGGAUGCACUUGAGGAGCUUGACUGGUGAUAGCAAUGGAGGAAAGGGUUGACUUCAUGGAGACAUUUGUCACACGUUUAUAGUCAGUCUCAUAGUGCCACUUGAUACCCUUGAUAAACGUAUAGAUUACAGUUCUCAAUGUGUUUCAGCUUGAAGAAAUAUUCACUCAACCAUCAAGGGUUUUUAGGGGUGUGUGGAAGCUGUCAAUGAUUGUCAAGGUUUCAUGACUAGUGAAGCGGUUCCACUGAGGACUGCAGCAGAGGAAACCUGUGUUGCUCACUUGUUUGACUACAGCGUAUUGGACAAUUUAUACCUGAAUCAUGUCCUCUAGUCUCUGUUGUGGACGCCGACCUGCGGAGAGAAAACAUAAAUGCUUGCAAACUGGCGUACAGGGUGAGUAGUUCUACACCUUGUUAGGCGGGGUCAUGUUUUUGAAGUCUGAGAAGGACUGUUGCUUAAUGCGUGAAGGAACAUUUCAAUGUGAAUGAGAAAAGCUGAAACAUGAAACACCAAAUCAGCAUUUAUUUUGGUGGUAAAAUGUCUUUAUAAAUGUUACUUGCAUGUCAACCAAGAUCGUACAUUGCAUUAUAUUGUAUGAGUAGACUAUAGACUAUAUUCAAAGGUAUUAUGGAAUCGUUGGUUGUCUAACCCCUUAAAUUUUGUUGAAAUUGUAAUAAACCGCAAUUUCCAUAUCUUUCUCCCUUCAUUGUAAAGUGCGAUUUUCACGAUCAUUAAUUUCAGGUGGCUUUGUUGACGUGUAUUUAUCCUCUCUUGUUUAAGGUGUGAGAGGGUGGAGUCAUGAGCAAAAAGCUUAAUAUUCGUAAGUGUGUGCUAUCAGAAAGAAAGAGAGGGGAGGAAAGGAUGAGGCACGGGCGACUCUUUGCCUAGUUUGUGAAGAUGAGUGUAAGGACACACCAGGGGAGAAGCAGGAUGAGGAAAUGUUCGGCAGGGAGCUUCGUCUGCAUCUCAUUGAUGGAAAUGCAGAGCUACUACACAUACAGCAUGUGUUGUCAACUGCUGCACAAUGAGAUCAUGCAGAGGGGAGUCGGCCCCCUGUGUGCAGCAGAAAUAGGCUCAGAGCUCCAGAAGCAGUUUGCCAUCCUGCCAGGAGGCCGUGGGUUGAACGGCAGCCCUGUCAUCAUUUUCCCAGAAUUCCCCUCGUUCAAUGAGCUGGAUGAAGAGGAGCUCGAGAAUGUCCUCAACUACCUCAGCAGUGUUCCCAGUGUUGCAGCAUCAGACGUGGGAUUCAUCCUGGUCAUCGACAGACGACAGGACCGAUGGGCCGCCGUGAGGGCCACCCUGCUCCGAAUUGCGGGUUCUUUCCCCAGGAACUUAAACCUGGUUCUGGUGUUGCGUCCCAGCACGUUGUUCCAGCGGACUCUGUCAGACUUCUUCUUCAAGUACAACAAGGAUGAGUUCAAGAUGAAGGUUGUGAUGCUGAGUUCAGUGACUGAGCUCCAUGCUUAUAUCGACCCGGGGCAACUGACCACAGACCUGGGCGGCUCUCAGGAGUACUGUCACGAAAGCUGGAUCUCACACCGCACUGCCAUCGAAGCGUUCGCCCUUAUGGUGAAGACCACUGCUCAAACACUCCAGGCCUUUGGCACAGAGCUGGCGGAGACUGAACUUCCCAAUGAUGCUGAUGCUACAAUCGACCUGCUGCACUUACAUACGUUAAAGAAAGACAGGAUGAAGGAGGACCUGCAGGUGGCACUCUCACAAGGCAGGAGGUUAAUGGAGUGCAUAAACGAGCCGUUGCAGACAGACCCCGAAUACAACAUGACCCAUGAUGAAUUGGAGAACCUGGUCACUGUUCAGAGACUCAUGGGUCAGUUGGAUGAGACUGAGACGGCGUUUGACGAUUUUUGGGAACGUCACCACACCAAGCUGGAGCAGUGUUUACAACUCCGACACUUUGAGCAACACUUCCGUGAAGUUCGCGCUCAACUGGACUUGACGUCCGAUCGACUGUCUGGCUUCUCUGAGGUCAGUGUAAGUCCAGCCCACGCUGAACAUGUCCUCCGAGAACUUGGCGGCCAAGAGGAGAAGGCUUGUGACGUGUUGGACUUCGCUCUGUCCCUCGCGAGUGAAGGAGACAGACUGAUAGAGAAUGCUCACUACGCCGAAGAUUCGAUCAGGCCAAAGUGUAGCGAGCUGAGAGGAGUGUGUGAGGAGAUCAGCGCCACUUUGAGGUCAAAGAAGAGCCUGCUGCUGAAAGCUAUGGAGCUCCACCAAGCUCUGGAAAAGGCCUCCUGCUGGUGCGAGGAGGGCAUCUUCCUUCUAGCCAGCCAGCCAGUUGACCGCUGCCAGUCUCAGGAUGGAGCUGAAGCUGCUCUGCAGGAGCUGGAGAGGUACCUGGACACAGCAGCGCAGCACAUUCUGGCUGACUGCAGCGCCAUCUGCUGCCAGUAUGAGGCAGUGCUCACUCCUCAGCUCAAGGAGCAGGUGGAGAAAAUGUUCCACAAGCAAACGUCUGUUCAGGAAAUGUUCGAGAAGCGUCGCAUCAGCCUGAAGAAGCUGGCCGCCAAGCAGACACGACCCGUGCAGCCAGUGGCACCGAGACCAGAGGUGAAGUCUCCUCAGACGUCUCCAAACCAGCAGAGGAAGGAGAGGAGGUACUCAGCUGACCAUGUGAUUUGCAAGAAGUCGGAAUCUCCUGUACAAAAUGGUGGCACCAGACAUGCGUCUCUCUCUGAAGAGGAGGAAAACCUGGCAGUGCUGCGGCGACAUGUGAUGAACGAGCUCCUGGAGACAGAGCGGGCGUACGUGGAGGAGCUACUCUGUGUCUUGGAGGGAUACUUGGCUGAGAUGGACAACCCCGCGAUGACGCACCUCAUCCCCGGUAACCUCCACAGCAAGAAGGACGUGCUGUUUGGAAACAUGUCGGAAAUUUACCAGUUUCACAAAAGGACAUUUCUAAAAGAGCUGGAGGCCUAUACGGAUUGUCCUGAACUGGUGGGGCGCUGUUUUUUAGAGAGAAUGAAGGACCUACAGAUCUAUGAGGCAUAUUGCCAGAAUAAACCUCGCUCAGAGAGCUUGUGGAGACAGUUCUCUGACUGUGCCUUCUUCCAGGAAUGCCAGAAGAAGCUUGAACAUAAACUUGGGCUGGACUCCUACCUCUUGAAACCCGUCCAGAGAAUCACCAAAUACCAGCUGCUGCUCAAGGAGCUGCUGAAGUACAGUAAGAGCUGCGAUGGCUGCGAUGACCUUCAGGAGGCGCUGUCCUCUAUCUUGGGGAUCUUGAAAGCUGUAAACGACUCCAUGCACCUCAUCGCCAUCACAGGAUAUGAGGGGAACCUGUCAGAUUUGGGUCGCCUGUUGAUGCAGGGCUCCUUCAGUGUAUGGACCGAGCAUAAGAAGGGCCACGCCAAGGUGAAGGACCUGGCUCGCUUCAAACCCAUGCAGCGGCACCUCUUCCUGCACGAGAAAGCCUUGCUGUUCUGCAAGAAGAGGGAAGAGAACGGAGAAGGAUACGAGAAGGCACCGUCAUAUAGUUUCAAACACUCGCUCAGCAUGAGCGCGGUGGGAAUCACAGAGAGCGCUAAAGGGGACAACAAGAAGUUCGAGAUCUGGUGCAACUCCAGAGACGAGGUUUUUAUAGUUCAGGCGCCAACACCUGAAAUCAAAACGUCAUGGGUGAAUGAAAUUCGAAAGGUGCUGACUCAGCAACUGAAAGCCUGCAGAGACGCCACCCAACAGAAGACGACUGACUCACCCAGCUCCACCAGCAACUCCGUCUCCCUCAGUCCAUUUCGGAGCAACGUCCAGAAGAACCAGAAGAAACAGGUGCAGGAGGAAAAGAAGGUGGAGCCAGGUCCAGUCCCAGACACGAACCCAGCCCCUUCCACCAAACACAAAGAUGAGCCGCUGACCAGUCCCACCACUGACCGCUCAUCAGUGGCUAAAAAACGUUUUACUUUCAGUAACCUCAAGAGUCCCAAAGGCUCGGCCAUGAGCCCCGAGCACACCUCCAAACGCCUCUCGGUCAAGAGUGACCCCACUCCAUUUGGGUUCAAAGGCUGGAGCAAGACCUCGCUUUCUGUCGAUGCCUCAGAGGACCAGGAUGGUUACUCCAGUGGCGAGGAGCCCCUGAACUCUGACCUGGAGGAUGACAUCGGGAGGAAACUGGCUCCUGGGAGGUACACGGUGGUUGCUGACUGCGAAAAGGUGGGGCCUCAGGAGCUGUCCGUCAAGAGUGGAGAUGUGGUCCAGCUGAUCAGAGAAGGAGAGGACGGACAGUGGCUUGUUAAGAACCUUCACAGCAGCAAGGAAGGCUGGGUGGCUGCAGCAAACCUCCUCAGCUUCAUCUCAGAGUCCAAGUCAUCUCAGUCACUCAGCAGCUCAGAUGACAGCGUCUCUGGGAACCUCAGCACCUCAUCCAGCUGCAGUGAGACCUACACCAGCUACUCGGACAUCAAGCCCUGAGGAGCAGUCAAGACUUCUGAUGAGUCCACCUGCCUUCACUGUGUCCACUCGUGAAAACCAGCUUCCUCUACCACUGGCUCUCAACUGCACAGUGAUCUCGCACUCCGUCCAUGUUGCCUCAAAGCUGAAUGUUCUUGGCUUAAACCUCAUGUGUGGAGUUUGGGGAUCAGGGCAGGGCUGCCAGUCUCAGAACCAAAUGUUCUCGCCGUAAUUCACCUGGAUGUGUGCUGUAUUCUCUGGAGGCUUCCAUUUUCAGGCUCUUUAGUUCUAAAAAAAAACCCUCUAAAUCCUGGUUAGAUCCUUGGACUCCUCAGGUACUUCGAUGCCCAUCAGAAGGUUUGGUGUAUUUGGAGAAAUAUUUGGGGCUUAGUAGCAUUUUUGGGUCUCAAGACUAGGUUUUUAUAUGUAUUUAUUAUGGCAAGAUUCAGCAAACAGUACCACCCGGUGGCCAGUGUAGAAACUACGCAAAUCCCAUCAGGAAUCCGUUUAAACCAGUUAAACGAGUGUGACCACAUACUUGAAUGUGUGUGUUGGGGAGGGGGAGACAGAUUUGUGGAAGUGUUGCACACCUCCAACCGCCUUAUGGAGAAAGUGGUCAUCCAAACGUCUUGGUCACAGACAUUAAACAGUUCUUUAUAAGCGCGCACAUUUAAAGCACUUGCAGCUCUUAAACUGUGGAACACAAACAGGCUUUGUCUGUGCUGGGCUCCCAGCCCGACCCAGGCAUGUGACAGCAGCCAGACCUGCUCAAUGUGUUUGCCAGAGAGCAAUAUUUGUUUAUGUGAGGCAGCUGACGGCCUGAGUGACGAGAGCAAGGACGCCUCAGUGCCACACCAGUGUUUUAUUUUCAACUUUUCUCAUGACAAAUCUUUUGGUCACCUCACUCUGGAGCCACAUUUUGAAAUCCAGUGAUAUGAAGGCCACAAUGCCCAUACGCUGUUGUAAGAGUUGCAUUUUUAUAGCCUCGCGUACAUAGUGACUGCGAGAGAAAUCUGAGAUUUUGGUCGCCCCGUCUGAUUUGCAUGUGUGCGUGCAAGAAUUUGCCCAUGAGCUCCAAAUGUCUUGAACUCUGAAACUCUGGUGUGACCAAGGUCUGCGCUGGUCAUCUCUCUUGAGGCUCUCACUUCACAAAAUGUCUUCCCAACAAAUUGGUCCCUAGAAGAGAAGAAGCUCCUAUCUGUAUUUUGGAUGUCAGUCGGACUGGGAAGUGUCUGUCCUCCUGUUCAGGUGUGUUUGUGUCGUCUAGUCCUCCUCGAGUCAUUUGUCUUUGUCUCUUUCACUAGUGGCCGUGUGUAGUCGACGCACUGAACGAAAGGAAAGGAAGACGGUGAGAGGCUCAAUUCCUGCUCGAGCAUGGAAGCUGACACAGGCACUAAACUCCAGUCAGUGUUUGAUCAUUGUCACAUGCGUCACAUGGGGCUGCAGAGGUGGUCCUGUCCUGUAGUUUUGUUUUUAUGCAGCACAUUGCAGCACUCACUGUGUUUAUUUUCUUACUGUAGACAACUGAGUAUGGUGUCAAUAUACAUAUAUAUAUAAAUAUAUUAUAAAACCUUUCUGUGUAUAUUUGUACAUAUGUAAUUCUGACUGUAUGUAAAAUGAGAAGCAGCUUUAAUAAAGUGAAAUGGUUU